AUUUUUCCUCCUCCUACUUAUAUAGUAUGAACCAAGCUAAGACUAGCUUCACAUAACUAGGAUUUGAACGACAAGUCCCUCGACGGCAUCCCACAGUGGAUCAAGAUGUUCAAGUUUGAUUUCGAGAUUGAAGAUGCAGAAGAACAAGCCGAGAGGACUCAGGACAGUACUAUCCCUGGGCGAGACGAGGCAAUUGACGCCCCGAGACCAGCCAGGGAAAGCACAGAACACUCUUUGCCGGAUCUUCUCUCAAACGGUCCCCCGUCCAUCAGUUUCUCGCCACUAAACAUCCGUACAAACGCCCACGACAGCCUCACUCUCGCAAGGCGGGACCUCUUUGAUGCUCGCUUCCAGCUCAUCGCAUCGGAACCCGACGACAUGGCGGAUGACGGAACGCAGAGCUCUACUGAAAAUGCCCUCGAAUUUCUCGACGCACCGUCUGACCUGGUGCCAGGGAUAUACGAAGGUGGGCUGAAGACUUGGGAAUGCUCGAUCGAUCUAGCAGAAUGCCUGCACCAAACACUCGGCGAUGCGCCUGGGAGCAGACUGCACGGAAAGAAAAUUCUCGAGCUUGGCUGUGGAACGGCCGUUCCAUCUCUGUAUGCCAUGCACCAACUUUUCUCUGUCACGCCUUCAGCAAAUAGCAUCCACGAAAACGUCGUUGUGCUGCAAGAUUACAAUGAGCUUGUCCUGCGGCUAGUGACACUCCCCAACGCCAUACUCACUUGGUACAUGUCCCCCGCAUCUCACCCCUUCCGCGCCUCCUACCAACCGUCCACCGACGACCCGGAAGUCGAAGAAGAACCCCUCCCGCCCGCAGACUCUACCCAACCAGGCACACUCCCAUUCUCGCAGGCCCUCAUCACUGCAUUCCUCGCAUCGCUCAAGGAGUACCGCAUCGCCCUCCGCUUCUUCUCCGGCUCCUGGGAGGCCUUCGACAUCGCGCGCGCCGGCGGGCCCUUCGACAUCGUGCUCACCUCCGAGACGAUUUACCGCCCGGAGAGCCUGCCCGCGCUGGUCCGUGUUAUGCGCUCGGCGUGUGUCCCCGCAGACGGCCUUGCGGAGGGGACGGCGCGGAUGACGAUCCGUGACACGUUGGGCGAGGAUGGGCGUGCUCCGUAUUUGUGUUUGGUCGCCGCGAAGCGCGUGUAUUUUGGUGUUGGCGGUGGCGUCGCGGAGUUCGUCAAGGCUGUCGAGGAGCACAGUGUCGAGGAGGGCGCGUCGGCGCCGAGCCCUCAGCAAAGCUCGCCAAGCUCGAAGGUCGAGACGGUUUGGGAGCGCACGGAAGGCGUGAAGAGGAUCGUCAUGCGCGUGUUUUGGGGACAGAGCUAGAGGCGUGUAGUGCAUGUCGUGCACAAAUGGAGGGCCGUUUGCAUAUUGUUCCGACCACUGAUUGUAUGUUCAU